UUGAAGAUACCUACAUCGGAUGAUUGCGACCUAAUGGUAGUAGAGCGCGUCCUUUAUUUCCAACUGACUUUUGGAACGUUCAUAACAGAACAAAAGCUUCAUUAAUGAGAACAAAUAAUUCAUCUGACGCGUGGGAUCGACGCAUUGGCUGUUUAUUUCAAUGUUCUCAUCCAACAUUAUGGAAAUUCAUCGACAAAUUACGUGAUGAGGAAGAUUCGGCCAUUCGUACGAAAAUUUUGCACGCCAACACUGGACAAUCAAUACAAAAAAAGAAGUAUCAACAUUUAGAUCAACGUUUAUUAAAUUUAGUGUUAAAUCCACAUACAGAUAUAAUUGAUCAAAUCAAUAAUCUAGCUCAUAAUAUUUCCCUUAAAUAA